AUGGCUUCCCCCACACCUAGAAACCUGAAACUGGGGAAGAGAGUGGACGGUUUCCUCUUCUCCUACAGCUGGCUAAAUGCCAUUUUGGAGAUGGAGGAGGGAGAAGAGGUGAGGAGCAGCAACUGGAAAGGGGAAAACAUCCUGGCAGUAUAUAUUCAGACACAUACGGUCAGCAUCAUGAAGCUCUGGACACCUCAACUCAUGAUAUUCCUCUGUAUGGUGCUACUGUCUGUGCUGGGAGGGAUGAAAAAAAAACACAGCUGGGAUGAAACGUUAAUUGAGGAGUGCUGGGGAGAUCCAACUGUUGUUGAAUGUACCAAGAAGUGUUCUAGAACCUUUAAAUGUGUAGACAAAAAUCACACAUGCUGCUGGACUUAUUGUGGAAACAUCUGCUGGAAAAAUAAAGUGAGUUGGGAGGAAAUCUUUGAAAGACGUCUGAAACCCUAAUCUCCAAGCUGGACACCAGUCUGUUCUCACUGAGGGCUGGGCAGGAGCACAGCCUUGACAAAUAAACUCAUUUAUCAACAGUGA